AUGGAGGACAUCAUUUAUUCCCGUAUACCUCGAAAAGACCUUCAAAAGUUAUCCAUAUACAGAUCAAGCGCCGGGUUGUGCAUAAGACAACGCACAUUUGGAUAUAGACCAAACCCCGAAGAUGUCAAAAGUGGCAACAAUUUUAUUGAUCAUGCCGUGGUACCAAAACUAAAAGAGAAAUACGCCCGAAGUGGAAAAUAUCUGCAACCAGUUUAUAUUUCUAACAAGGGGCAUAAGAUCUCACCAGAUGAACUUUUGACAAUGGCUUGGAAAUUUAAUCCAUCUGAACUACCAUACAUGAGUAGAGAUGAGGUGGAGAAAUACACCGGGCAGGAAUUGCCAGAUUCGGAGCUGUUGAAGUGCUUGCAUUAUUACAUAUCAGAUCGGGUGAGUAAAAGCUGUAUUCUACAGGAUAUCGAGAGAGCAGACCUAGAAAAGGACGAUUUCUACAAUUUUAUGGAUGAGAGCGCACUAUUAGCGCUAGGAAAAACAGUUGAAACUUGGAUAGAUAAGCUCAUAGAGGAAAAUGAUGACUGGAAAGAUUUUAUGGAGCUAGAAGAACAGGAGCAAGAAAUUAAUGAUGAGGAUGCUUUUUGUGAGCAUGCAAACAGUGAGAAUUAUCAAGAGGGGGAAGACAAGAAUCAAGAAAAGUAUGAUGACGACAGUGAUGCCUAUGAAAGUGAUUCCACGAGUAGUAGUAGUUCAUAUGAAUCAGCUGAUGAUUGA